ACAGCAACAGCACUAUCAACGGACACGAUUUGCUGCUCAGAUGCAACGGUACAAUAGCUUAAAACCCCAAACAGAACGAAUGAUCAUAGAGUAGCGUACUUGUAAGAAGAGAAGCAACGCGGGAAAACUCCAUAGAUAGCAAUCAGAGCGAGCAAGCACAAUGCCGGAGCUACCGGAGGUAGAGGCGGCAAGAAAAGCGGUGGAAGAGAACUGUAUCGGGAAGAAGAUAACCAAGUGCAUCGUUGCCGAUGAUUCAAAAGUCAUCGACGGUGUUUCUCACUCCGAAUUUGAAGCUUCCGUCAUCGGCAAAACCAUUGUCGCAGCUCGCCGGAAGGGCAAGAACAUGUGGCUUCAGCUCGAUUCUCCGCCGUUUCCUUCCUUCCAAUUCGGUAUGGCUGGUGCGAUAUACAUCAAGGGAGUUGCAGUAACAAAGUACAAAAGGUCUGCUGUAAAUGAUGAGGAUGAAUGGCCUUCCAAAUAUUCGAAGUUUUUUAUUCAGCUAGAUGAUGGUUUGGAGAUAUCUUUCACUGACAAAAGGAGAUUUGCAAAAGUUCGCCUGCUCAAAGAUCCCACAUCAGUGCCUCCCAUAUCCGAGCUUGGUCCUGAUGCACUCUUUGAACCCAUGACACUUGACGAAUUCACUGGGCGUUUGCACAAGAAGAAAACUGAAAUCAAGGCUUUAUUACUAGAUCAAAGCUAUAUUUCAGGUAUUGGAAAUUGGGUUGCAGAUGAAGUGCUCUACCAAGCAAGGAUUCAUCCACAGCAGUCAGCUUCUAGUUUGUCGGGAGAAAACUGCUCAACUUUGUAUGAGUGCAUUAAAGAGGUUAUUCAAUUUGCUGUUGGAGUUGAUGCUGACUGUAGCCGUUUUCCCCUUGAAUGGUUAUUUCAUUUUCGAUGGGGGAAAAAGCCUGGAAAAAUAAGUGUUGAAGUUGGAGCAGAUAGUAGCCAAUAUCCCACUAAUUGGAUAUUUCACUUUCGUGAAAAGAAGCCCGGCAAAGCUUUUGUUGACGGGAAAGAAAUUAACUUCAUCACCGCAGGUGGUAGGACAACUGCGUACGUGCCAGAGCUGCAAAAGCUAAGUGGACCGCAAAAGUUAAAAGAAACUGGUAAAGCUAGAGGGAAAACCUCAAAGAAAGCAAGAGUAGAUGAUGAUAACAAUGAUGACAUUGAGAAUCCUACAAAGAAGGAAGACCAGACUUUGGGAAAGAAGGGGGCAAAGGCUGGAGCUAAAGGUAGAGAAGCUUCUAAAAGAAAAAAGACAGAGGAAAGUGACGAUGACAAUGACGGUGAUACUGGUACUGAUAAUGACGAUGACAGUGAUCAAGUUGAAAAGAGGAAACCAGCUCCGGCCAAGAAGCAAUCAAAGAAAAGUGUUCAAAGCAAUCAAAAUAGUAGGAGUGCUAGGAGCAAAGCUAAGUAGCCACAAUUGAGUUUGAAUAGUUUUGCCAUGGCUGUGUUCACACUUUGCUCUCAGAAGGAUGUUUAUCAUGUUCCUGCAACAUAGGUUCGCCUUACAAACCUUUUGUCUUUAUGAUCUUUUGGUUAACUUUGCUUUAACAAGUCAUGAUUGCUUUAUGAUUAUUUAGUUGUUGGAUGCCUUCAGUUUUUUGCAACUAAAUGCUAAUUUCAGGCUUAAAUUAUAUUUUUGGUCUAUGUAAUACUUUCAUUAGCUUGUCA